UUUACAUUUAUGAAUGACACUUUUACAUUUUUGACUUUAAUUUAACCCUAAUUUUUUAACAGUUUAAUCUUCUUCCCCAAACUGCAACCACAUUUCCUUGAAGCUCUGACCGUCGGUGAGGUGCAUCUCCGGUUGACUGUGUCAGUUCCUUGCAAGUUGAGGGCUUCGUUUUCUGCAGCGGAGAAGAAAGCCGUGGCCGGCGUGUGUCGGAGCAGAGGGCAGCGGCAGUGGCUUGCUUCUGGCGUCGGCGCAGAGAGCAGAGAAUGGAAGAAAGUGAAGAGUUGCAAUCGAUUCUGCCGUAUCUACCACUUCUCAUGCGUUCUUCUUCUCUGUUUUGGCCAUCCCAAGCGGUGGAAACGCUCAGAGAACUUGGAGGCGGCCGAGUUGACUCGGGCCACCUUUUGUUCCAGGCUAUUUCUGACCUCAGAAAAGCUCUUUCUCUCUCUUCCCAACCCUUAUCCCCUUCCACUUCGCUUGGAUACGAACUCUUCUUCGACGAGGUUAUGUCCCGAGAGGAAUCUAGGAAGUGGUUUCAGGAGGUGGUUCCGGUAUUGGGCAAUCUGCUCUUGAGAUUGCCCUCUUUGUUGGAAACACAUUAUCAAAACCCUCAUAAUUCUAUGCGCAGAACAAUUGCUCUUCGCUUAUUGGAUUCGCAGCAACGGGGGAUAAUCUUCCUUAGCCAGGAGUUGAUUGCUGCCCUUCUUGGCUGCUCAUUCUUUUGUCUAUUCCCAGUCAAAGACAGAUAUGUGAAUCAUCUUCCUAUGAUCAACUUUGAUGAAUUGUUUGCGAGUCUGUAUGAAGAUUACAGUCAAAAACAGGAAAAUAAAAUUUGGUGCAUCAUUCACUAUUUUCAAAGGAUAAGUUCUAAAAUGCCUAUGGGUAUUGUCUCAUUUGAGCGAAAAACACUUCACUUAAAAAAUGAUUAUACUCACAUUUCUUGCCCAGAUGCCAACUUCUGGAGCACUUCUACUGUACCUCUAUGCAGAUUUGAGGUUCACAAUUCAGGGCUCAUAGAAGAUCAAUCAAGUGAAGCUGUUGAAGUCGAUUUUGCAAAUAAAUAUCUUGGGGGAGGAGCUCUUGGUAGGGGGUGUGUACAGGAGGAAAUCCGUUUUAUGGUCAGUCCAGAAUUGAUUGCUGGGAUGCUUUUCUUGCCAGCCAUGGAAGAUAACGAGGCUAUAGAAAUUGUUGGUGUGGAAAGGUUCUCAAGUUAUACAGGGUAUGCAUCAUCAUUUCGAUUUUCUGGUGAUUAUGUGGAUGAAAGGGAAGUAGACGCUCUUGGAAGAAGGAAAACCAGGAUUGUUGCAAUCGAUGCAUUAUGUAGCCCAGGGAUGAGACAAUACAGGACGAAUUUUCUCCUCCGUGAGAUCAAUAAAGCAUUCUGUGGUUUUCUGUACCAAUGUGAAUAUCAACUAUAUCAGAAAAAAUUGCAAGAGAAUGGAUGUUCAUCUUCACUGUUUGAUGCUGCCACCUCAACAUCUAUGGAAACAAGUGAUGGAAAAUUUUCAAAUCACAAAACUACAAAUUCUCAAAACGAUUACCAUUGCAUGGAUCAGGUUGAUAACAUUGGGGUUGCAACUGGAAACUGGGGAUGUGGCGCCUUUGGAGGAGAUCCUGAAGUAAAGACCAUAAUUCAGUGGCUUGCAGCUUCUCAGGCUGUAAGACCUUUCAUGGCAUACUACACAUUUGGCUUGGAGGCAUUACAGAGCCUAGAUGAGGUUGCUCAUUGGAUUUUGUCACAGAGAUGGACAGUUGGGGACCUGUGGAACAUGUUAGUUGAGUACUCAACAAGUAGAUCCAAAGGAGAAACCAAUGUGGGUUUCCUUCACUGGCUCCUGCCAUCAAUACAUGGCCAUGGUACUGGGAUGGAUUUGUCAACUUAAUCUUCUGUUGUCGAACGUCUCUCUCCUUUGCCAAUGCAUGUUCUGACUGUUCUCACUUUGAAGAAGGAGCUGUGAAGAGGAAUAAUUUUUAAGAUUUUAUGUCCAAUGAAGGAAAGGUACAAGGCAACCUUUGUUGAUCUGAGUCCUCUGGUGAAGGAAAUAUCAUUGUUGGUGGCAGAUAUACGUUUUACUUGAAUAGUCUGCACUCUGCAGCGGCCAAAUUCUUAUCUCUUAUCUUGAUCAGAGGAUUCCAAACUUUUUCUUUCGAAGUGAUUCAGCCAUAUACUUUUAUUAUGACCGCAGCUGCACUGGUAGUGAGGUGUACUGAAGCAGAAUGAUUUUUGGUAAUGAAAGCGGAAAGCAAAACACCAGUAGGGGGAAUUCAUCCAUCAAACUUGAGGAGGAUUGCUACUAACAAGCUUUGCUGGGACACAUGUUUCUAUUUAUCCCUCGAGAAUUUGUUCACUCAGUUGCUCUGAAUGAAUGUGAUGCAUCUAUAUAAGUGUGAUUUCCUUUGUUAUACACAUGUUUCUAUUUUUCCUUUUGAUUACAUGUUGAAUCUCAACUUUUAUUCUAUUAUGUCAGUAACAACAAAAGAAAAAGAAAGUAGUGUAGAAAAACUCACUCUACUACAAAUUUGUGUACACUACUAGUUCUUAAUGUAUAAUAAUAUAUGAUGGAAUUCUUCAUA